GUGCAGAUAUGAUAUUUUACUAUUCCUUUAAAUAGUAAAAUAUCAUAAAGAAAGAUGCUUUACUUUUGGAAAAUUGUGAAUCGCAUCGCAGUUGACGUACAAAUUGAUCCAAGCGAACGUGUGAGUCGUCAAAAGGAUACACAGAAUGGGUUGUCCACUGUAUUUUUCUGUUUAAAUAUGUGAUUGCCGCGAGGCGGGCCUCCUAUCGAUAUCGUAGAAGACGUCCGACAAUAAGUUAAGUGACGAACCAUUACGUCUCUCGCUUAAGUGUUGGCAUGCUUACUUAGUUCAAUUUUGUGGUUUGCGAAGGAUUCACAAUUUUUAAAAAAGAAGACUUUAAUUCUUGACUAAUCCAAAACGCGAAAUCAUUGUAUUUAGACUUGAGGCGAUGAUGUGAUUCUUGAUGUUGACAAUUAAGUAUUCGAAUUAAAGGACUCCAAUGCCGUAAAUUAAGAUACUGGCUGUCCGAGCCUGACCCAAUUGUCGACAGUGUAACAGAAGAACAUGUGACGCAGUACAUCAUCAACCAAAUCAAAAGGCCAUCGUCGUCCAUUGCAUUUGAUUUUGCCGCUACGCAUUCGAGCGAUCGUUUUGCUCCAGGUGCCAGCCCACGACACGCGUCUUUCGAAUGUUUAUCAUCAAGAAUUACCUGAUCGUAUCUCAGGAUUAUAACGUAGGAUGAAGCUAAAGUUCACACGUGCCAUUGCAUCCCAAUCAGAUUCCACGACACCGGAAAAAGGCAUGAGCUACGUCGUCAUUGAAAAUCGAAUACGUUUCACAGCCAAACAAAAGAAAGAAUAUCGAAAAAUCUUCGUCUGCACAUCAUCGUUUGCUUUGCUUAAAUUGGCGCAAACGUCUUUGCUGUGUAAUUUUCUCGUAAAUGAACCUGCAGAGUUGUCUGACAAGCCACGUCGAAAUUUUUUGUCUGCAUCAGAGCGCUACACGCUUCAUGUGACGGUGUACGGAUCAAGAUUCAAUCCAACAUUCCCAAUCAUUUUUUCGACUGCAUCCACAUCAAGCUGUCGUCAUUGGACGAAUCAAUAGAUAUAUCGCCAACGAUAUCGCCGAUUCUAAGGUUUUCACAAUGCCCGAGGCUGGCGUCAUGGUCACUGCAUUUAUUGAGAUAAUUUAAAACAAUCGUAAGAUUAACAAGCAGGAGACACUGUCAUCAACAAAAUUCCAAGAGAGAUCAAAUGAUCCAAUUUUUUUCGCAGGGUAAGGAAAGUAGUUGCUCAAUGCAAGUUGAGUAAAACGGAAACGAUAGGUCCACAUAUCCAUUAUAUUCCUUGCAUAAAAAUAGCCUCUAGGACGUUGCUGAGAAUUUAAGCGAGAAAAUUAUCUACGCAUGCUUGUGACCAUACACUGGCAUCGACCGCACCAAAGGUUGCGCGUACCCCAUUCGCCUCGCCAUAAAAAAAAACGAUUUCACGACAUCGAUCAUCAAUUUUUUAUCGCUCUAUCAUCUCAUUUAACGAGCAUCGAAUAGCUGGGGCAAAAAGUCGUCAACCUUGAUCGUCUGAAAAGGCCCAAGAAUGAAUAAAGGAGAAUGUAGGGGUGACUCCAUUCGUUCCAAUGCAGCUGCCUUAACAGAUUGAAACGCAUGCUUUAAAUACUCCAGUAAACUUGGCUCAGAACGUGCUUGACAGUGAUCGCUCAAUUCGUCAUUACCCCGAAGACAGCAGUUUGAAGAUGCCUUGAUGCUGCAGCUCACAAGUUAACCAAUCGUCUGAGAAAAUGACUCGGUUUGACUUUCUUCUUGAGCUUGAUCACCGAGUUGACCCUAGCCAGCUUUACAUGUGGGUUCUUCGAUGUUCGGUUGAUAUACGAUACGUUAGCCGUGUCUGUCAAGGUAAACAGAAGUAUUAAAGUUAGAAUGCCCAGAAUGGAUUCAUCGCCGGCAGUGUCAUCUAGCAACAAAACUCCUCAAGCCAUCAAAAUUCCGAACGCAGCAGCCAUAAGUGAAUUUCGAAUUAUAAGAUAAAACCAGAAUCAAAAUAUUGACGAUGUUUGACAUCAGUUACAUUUUGCAUCUUUUUUAAUGACUCCUACUCAUCUAAAUCCUUCAAAACUUAGUAUAAUCGUACUUCAACCAAUCGACUAAGCUCUUCGACCCACUGAAGACAUCUUUCUCGCGCAAUCGUCUUGCCUCGGAAGCACCGCCAGCACAUGUCUUUGUUUGUUUUCUUAGCUCUGGCAUAUUCGCAAAAAAAUGCUAUUGAUUAAACUCUUCAUCCAGCUUUUUGCCUUCAUUUAUCAAAGCCUCGAUCAUUGUAGUUUUUUCGCUUUAUCAAGCUCGUCCGCGCCCGAAUUCAGCCGCACACC